AUGGAUUAUUAUUUAAGCAGUCAAUCCCUGCAAAAUGGACCAGAUUCACUUUCGCUACAGGAAAUGUUAGAUAUGGAUAUUAAAUCAGAAAAUGAUUUUGAAAACAUUUUUAGUUGCGGUGCUCCAGGAGACAAUAAUGUGUGGCUAACUUCAUCGAGUGACAGUCACUCUUUAUUAGGUGGAGAUAUUAAUUCAAGUUUAAGUUUAGAUUUAAGUAGCGGAGAAACAAGAAUGGUUUGUCCUAACUCUGUAAUACCAGUUACAGUAAUUCAAAUUCCUUAUGAUAAUACUGAAACUAAUGGAAAUCUUAAAGGGAGUUUUCUGGGUGAAAAUGAAGAUGAUGAAGAUGCAUUUCACGAAGAGGAAUAUUUAAAACAUGGAAUUAGUUUCUCAUCCGAUUUGGAUAUAAAGCAAGAAUAUAUAACUGAAUCAGAAGAAGAAGAAACUUUUCAAGAGGCUUAUGCUAGAGCUGUCGCUAUAAAAAGCAAUCAAACAAACAAGGGAAAACCUAAAACACCUGUGGCAAACCAAAUUUCAAAAUCAAAUAAUCAUGUUAUAAAUCGAACUCCUGUUAGUACAAAGAAAUCUGUCUCAUCUGUUAGGUCAAUUAAUGCUAAAAAAAGACUGCAAGAUUAUGGUGGCGAAUCAGAAUUGGUUAAAUCUUCAUAUCCUAAACCCGCUUAUUCUUACAGUUGCUUAAUUGCAAUGGCAUUGAAAAAUAGUCCCAACGGCAGCUUGCCCGUAUCGGAAAUUUAUAACUUUAUGUGUGAACAUUUUCCAUAUUUUAAAACUGCUCCGAACGGUUGGAAAAAUUCCGUAAGACAUAAUUUAAGUCUAAAUAAAUGUUUUGAAAAAAUAGAAAAACCAGCGACGAACGGGUCACAGCGAAAAGGUUGUUUGUGGGCAAUGAAUCCAAAAAAAAUUGGGAAAAUGGAUGAAGAAGUUCAAAAGUGGUCUAAAAAAGAUAAAUUAGCUAUUAAAAAAUCAAUGGUAUAUCCAGAAAGUUUAGAUGCAUUAGAAAGAGGUGAAUUAUCUGGAAAUUACAAUCAAAAUUUAGGUUCAAUAGAAACAAUACAUAGCGAAAUGGAAUCUGAAGAAGAAGCUUGGGACCAAACAAGACAAAAUAGUUGGGAUUUUAAAAGAGAAGAUGUUUCCGAAUGUGAAAACAAUUCCGUUACGGCACGUUUAAGCGCAGAACAGGUAAAAUCUGUUUUCCCCUCGAACGAUGAAGAAUUUGAUGACAGUGAUAUUAGCCUCACGGAUUUCGACAUUGAAGUCGCAGAAUCAAUUUACAAUGAAAUAGAUUCACCAAUAAAAAAGAAAAUGAGGUUAAAUAUAACUCCGCAAGCGGGAGCGUUCACGUCAAUGUCUGGAAUCGGGUUGUCCGGUGGGGCAACGUAUACGUUUAAUUCUCAAACUACUGGAGAAAUAAGUCCUAAAAGAUUUAAAAGCUUAGGUGGUAACACAAUUUCCGGUAAUUAUGUUUAUAAACCGUUGGGUACACCGUCUUCCAGAAGAAAAUCACCUCUGAGACCAACAAUAUUAUCAUCGUUAGAAGCAGACGACUAA